AUGAACCACAACUCUGCGCUCCUUGCUAAAGAGGCUGCCGAGUCUCGCGCCCGACUCAGGAUGAUGGAUCGGGAGAAACGACAGGCGGUAGGACAAGGGGGCGCAUGCGCGCCAAGCCGAUCCGAUGUCGAAAGCGCGGGCAACCAGGGACGGUUGGCGCCAUCAGGAAGCGACAUCGACCGCGAAGCAGAGUCAAGCAGACGACAAGAUCGCGGCAAGGACGAGGGUAGGCAUAGGAAGAGGCGCGGAGAAAGAGAGGAAGAUGGUUCGACGACCCCGAUAUCUCGACGACAUCGAGACCGAAGCACAGAUGGACACCGACACAAGAGGAGACACGAUAGUGAAGACGAAGACCAGUCCAAACGGAAACGGAGACGAUCAAAGUCGCCCCGAGACAGAUCGCGUAAAGACAAAUACACUAAAGAGCAAGAACGCUACAAGCCCCGGGGAAGAGACCACAAGGACCGCGAGCACUCAGGGCGCACAUCGCACCGUCGAACAUCUUCGCGGUCACGGUCACAAUCACAAUCACCCCAUUCCUCCAAGCACAGAAAACACAGCCGACACCGAGACCGGACUCGCUCCCUCAGCCCAAAACGCAAAUCCACCACCUCCAAACCACCCAAACCCAGCCGCCACACCACCAAACGCACGCCCUCCCCAGCAUCCUCCUCCUCCGACCCCCUCGAAGCCAUCGUCGGCCCCCUCCCUCCCCCGCGCUCACCGCCCGUCCGCUCCAAAGGCCGCAACGCGUACAAACCGCAAAACGGCGGCAUCGAAUCGCGCUUCUCCUCCUCCUACGAUCCCACCACAGACGUGCGCCCGGCAUCCGACGUAGAAGACGACUGGGGCGACGCCCUAGAGGCACUGCGUGACCGAGCGCGCUGGCAGCAACAAGGCGCCGAUCGACUCAAGCAAGCUGGGUUUACGGAUGAUCAGGUGAGGAAGUGGGAGAGGGGGGAUGUGCAGGGGGAAGAGGACGUGGUGUGGAGGAAGAAGGGGGAGGGAAGGGAGUGGGAUAGAGGGAAGGUUGUUGAUGAGGAGGGGGAUGUGGAUGUUAGGGCUGAUUUUGGACGGUUGAAGUGA